UUUAAAAUUAUAUAAUACGUUUAUCGCAGAAAUAUACUACUAAAUAUUUUCCAAUCCAACUAAAAGUUAAUACGAAAUCAUCACUGCAAAUAUUUUCGUUGGAACGAAAGUUAAGUUGUUGCGGCAAGUGAAUCUAUUACUUUUGUUUUAAUUACCGGGAUAUAUCAGAAAAGUUGAAGAAGAAACAUUAGAAAUAUGAUGAAAAUCACAACUUUACAUACCUUUAACACAGAAUAUUCAGCUGAUGCGAUUGAGUGGUGUCCCUGUGAAGGAUAUCUUAACAAUUUUGCUUGUGGAACAUAUCAACUGGAGGAGAGUACUGAAAAUCUGGAUAUUCCAAUGAAAAGAAAAGGUCGAAUUUAUAUUUUCAAUUUCAAAACGUCAUUGAAUGAGUUGAUAGAAUUGUGUCGUUUAGAAACGGCUGCAAUACUGGACAUGAAAUGGUUACCUCAAUUUAAGCACAAACCCAGUCUAGCUGUUGCCAAUGCGGUUGGUCAAAUUCAAAUUUUCGAGCUAGAAUAUAAGAAAUUAAUACCUCGCUCAAUGCUUCAUAUAAAUCCGGAAUACAAUAACUUAUUAGCUUUAUCAUUGGAUUGUAAUUUGCAGCAAACAAUAGCUAGUGAUGAAAAUGAGCAGCAUAUUUUAGUUUCGGACUCCAAGGGGUAUAUUAGUUUACUUAAAUACACAUUGGAAAAUGGAUUGGAAAAGUUAAAUAUAUGGUCGGGACAUAACUUUGAAGCGUGGACGUGUGCUUUAAACAAAUGGGACUCAAAUUUAGCAUUAAGCGGUGGCGAUGAUACAUUCUUACACAUUCAUGAUUUGCGUCUAUUUGAACGCGUACUUACAAAUAAAAGUCAUAUUGCGGGUGUGACAUCUUUACUUAGUCAUCCAAGUUAUCAUAAUUUACUUCUUAGUGGAAGCUACGAUGAACGUUUACGUAGUUUCGAUAUCCGCUAUAUGAAGAAACCUGUCAGUGAAAUAAACCUUGGUGGUGGCAUUUGGCGUAUAAAAUCUGACCCUUCUGCACGUAAUUUAAUAUUGGUUGCUUGUAUGUACAAAAAUUUUAGUUUGGUCCAUUUCGAAAAUGGAAAUUUAAAUGACCUAAAAUUAGUUGGAGAAUAUAACGAGCAUGAGAGCAUUUGCUAUGGUGCCGAUUGGUGCCUUGAUGUGGAAAAAUCCGAAAAGUUAUUUAUUGCGACCUGCUCCUUUUAUGAUCAUAAACUUUGUGUUGCCAGCGUUGAAGCGGAAUAAUUUUGAUUAAAACAACGAUAUUAAAUGUUAACAAAAGCAAUUGUUUUGCCAAAACAUAAAUAAAUAACUACCUAAUUUCAAAAUCACAUGGAUUUAUUGAAUUUAUUGUAAAAGUAUGUGAGUAAAGUAGAGAUGCAGGAUCAAAUCAUCGUAUUAUUAUUAUUCCUAGUAUUCGGCCAGUGACUGAAAUUCAAUCACUUUACAAAACAUUCCAGUACUAUUUUUAAUGCUAAUUUGGACUGUUAAUAAGACAUCAUAAUGUACCUAAGUAAAUACAUAUAUGACAAAAACCACAGAUAAUAAAGUGUGAUUUGUUUCCACAUGUGUCCAACUUGCUUGUUUAUAUAUUAUGUAUUUGACUGCCGUUUUAAAACAAGGAUGAAAUCAAAAUAAUAGCACAUUUGGCUGCAAAUACAGAUGAGAAUAUAUUUUUCAACUUGUUAAGUUGACGAUUUAGUGGUGAAUGUUGUGUACAACCAAAGAAUCUAUAGUACAAAGAAGUGCCACGCUCAUACAAACGAAAUACCCACUUUA